GGGAGGUGGGUCUGGGAUGAAGCAGAGUUUGAAAACUCACAGCUGAAGUUUGAAGGGUGUCCUCCCGCCCAGGGGGAAGCGGGGGCGUGUGGUGCCAGGAGCCCGGGAGCCCCUGCCAUGCGGGGCUGGGCAGCAGGGACUGUGGGCAGCCCGAGGGGCACCCCUGGGUGACAGCCCCCGGCUGUGAGUGAUGGCCUGGGGGGAGGAAGCGGGCUGAUUAGUAGCUGGAUUUUUUUUUUUUUUACCUGCUAUUUAAAAAAAAAAAAAAAUUGUAUGUUCUGUGUGGGCUCCCGGUGUCGUAUGGAAGUGCCACAGGCGGCGGCACCCGAGUCAGGAGGUGACCGUGUGCCGUGUCGCCCAGAGGCGGUGAAGCAUAUGAGGAGCGCAUCGGCUGCUGCUGCUGCGAGACAUGGCCCAGCGACCGUGGCGAAGGAUGGGGAUGAAGCCCCCAGCCCCAGCAGCUGUCGGGGUGCUGCUGGCCCUGGCCCUGCUGGCUCUCAUCCACCUGCCCCCACCACCGGACCAGUCCCUGCUCCCGCUGCCGGCCUCGUCCCCCCCAGGGCCCCCGAGGGAGGUGGCUGCCCCCCUGUCUGGAGGACAAGCCUACAGAAGAAGGCGCCCCAUGCCCCGCGCUCACCUGCAGCAGGAGCAGGCUCCUGGCUGGAGCAGGAGGCAGAGGAGGCUGGAGAGGGACAUUCCCCCUUGGCUCUCUGCUGAUGACCUCCAGAAGAUGUGGCUGCUGUCCAGUGGGCAGGUGGUCUCCAAAACCCGUGUUCCUGCCCACGGGCAGAUCAUGCGAGUGAGGCUGCGUGCCGUGGGGGAUGCCAAGGGAGAUGCCAAGGGGGAUGUCUUGCCAGCCAGCCCGGAAGGAGACUGCCAGGAUGGGUGCUGUGGGCUCAUCAAGCGCCCUGGGGACCUGUACGAGGUGCUGGCCUUCCACCUGGACAGGGUGCUGGGGCUGAACCGCAGCCUGCCCGCCGUGGCCCGGCGCUUCACCAGCCACCUCCUGCCCUACAGCUACACCGAUGGUGCCCUGCGCCCCAUCAUCUGGUGGGCUCCUGACCUCCAGCACCUGGAGGAUGCCAACAAUGACCAGAACUCCUGUGUCCUGGGAUGGCUGCAGUACCAGGAGAUGCUGCAGCCCCGCAGACCAAUGCUGGUGGCCAGGGACACUCCCUGCUCCAGCAUCCCACACAGCGAGUGGAGCCGCCUGGCCCUCUUUGACUUUCUUCUCCAGGUUCAUGACCGCCUGGACCGCUACUGUUGUGGGUUUCAGCCUGAUCCCUCUGAGCCCUGCGUGGAGGAAAUGCUCCACGAGAAGUGCCGGAAUCCAGCAGAGCUGGUCCUGGUCCACAUCCUGGUCCGGAGGAGUGCACCGUCCCGCCUGGUGUUCAUCGACAACGCGGGCAGGCCACAGCACCCUGAGGAGAAGCUCAACUUCAGGCUCCUGCAAGGCAUAGACAGCUUCCCAGCAGCGGCAGUGGCCACGCUGCGGUCGGGCAGAUUGCAGAGCCUGCUGCUGCAGUCCCUGCGCCUGGACCGGCAGUUCUGGGAGAGCCAGGGGGGCGCCGAGGGGCUGAGACCCCUGCUCCAGACCAUUGACAGGCGGGCACAAAUCCUGCUCCGCCACAUCCAAGAGCACAACCUGACGGUGUUUGAGGACUCGCCGCGCUGAACCAACCUCCGGCUGGCUCACGGUGCCUGCCUUGCUCACCCAGCAGCCGUGGAUGUACCUCAUGCCCUCGGCAUGGACGUUAUGAGGCUCCGUGCUGGUGCUUGGCUCUCCACAAAGGUGUUUCCCCUCACCUUGUAGGAUGACUUGGAGAAGCAGAUGGAACCACAGGGAAUAAGGAAAGAUGGGGAGGAGAUGUCUCCUAAGACAACCCACAACUGCUUGAAAAAGGCAACAGUCAUCAAGCUAUGGUCUCAACGUGGAUUUUCAAACGAAGGGCACAUCUGUGAGGUUUUUUGGAUGCCUUUACUCACACACACACAAACACACAGCAACUAUGAAAACUGGAGUCUUGGACAGUUGAACGGCUGACAGGGACCCUGGAAAGAGUUAAAGAAGCAGUGGAAGAAGUCACUGGCAGCCUUUCCGUGGCUUGUACUGGGCUUUUUGAUGAUGCCUUCACUAUUUCCAAAACAUCCUGGACAGAGGCAGGGGGAAAACAGAGGGGAGCUUUCUAAGUGGAUUGAACAAAGACAAGACAUUAGAGGUGAGCUCUGCCUUUCCCCCUGCAGAAGAGGUGACGUGUGCCUGGGAGACUGUGAGCCACUGCCUGGAGCUGAGGCUAGGCAGGACCUUGAAGCUCAGCAGCACUGGGCAGCAGCUGCCCCCACAUAGCCCAUGGUACCAUCCCCAGUGAGAGCCAUGUGCUGUGUGCCAUGUGCCGUGAUCCAUGCAUGUGCCUUGGUGGGCCUGGGCUGCUGCCAAUGCUCUCAAUGUCAGAUUUGAAGGUUUAAAUCUCUCAUUCACUCUUUGCCUUCACUGUCAGGGGAUUAAAGGCAUAACUACCCCACUUCUGAAAAGAACUCCUGGCUGCUCUCCUGGGCAUGACUGCAUGUAACUCAUCCCCAGGCUUGCAGAAAUAUGUUUUAACAAAAAUGCCAAGCUAUUUUAGCAGAAGGCAGUCGGGUGUAAAAUGCUUUCUGAGCAUGCUGGCACCUCUGGCAGAGGCCAUCCUGUCCCUGUCACCCCUCAGGCUCUUUCCCAGCAGCCCAUUCUGAUGAAGCACAGCAGCAUCCCAGCUAGGCAGGUCCUCAAGUGUCAGGGCUGAGAGAUAAUUCAAAAUCAAAAUGAACAGGAGGAAAAGAGAUGCAGGGAUGGGCUCCAUAAUUCCCCACAGCGUGUUCCCAGCUGAGUCAUGCAGUCAGUGUUUGCCUGGAGCAGUCAGUUCUUGGCCUGUGGGUUUUAUGGUUUGCCAUCAGAAGGCUUUUUAAAGGCCUCCGUUUCUCCAGUGUUACAGGCAGAGCAUCCAUUGCUUCAGGCACUCCAAUUCACUUGUGCCUUUGGAAAGUCUCAGUGAGACUGGCAUGGGUACCCAGCUGCACCAUGGCGCAGCUGUCCCAUUGCAAUAGCUUUGGAGAACAUGGUCACCCAUGCAGUGGGAGAGGAAAGGCUGGGUAUGGAUCCCUUCCCUGCUCCAUCCUUCUCAGCACUAUGUCAGUUUGAGAAUCUGCUUUAACACCCAUGCUGAUAAGCACAGACAAUUACCUUUUUUUCCCUCUUGCUGAAGAGAGGGUGAAGCGAGACGUGGGUGACAUGAAUCAACAAGCAAGCACGAGUGCUCUCAGGAAUCAUCAGCAGUCAGCAUCACAGGCACAGCAGCAUCCAAAGUGCCAUCAGCUUGUUCCUGGAGUCCUGCCCUCCAAUUAGCCAGGGAGGGCCUUUCCCCCAGCACUCUCUCCACCCCAUGAGUUAUCACCCUAUUUGCUAUGCCAUGAGAUGGAUCAUGGUCAUGGAAACCCUGCUAAAGCCAGAAUUAUAAGGAUUUAUUACUUGGAGAUGAGCUUAGCUUGUGAGCUUGAAAGAUAACAAAAUAACUCAUCUAUCCUGGAUCCUAUGAAAAGCCAUGUCCAGACUUUAGUAAAGGAUACUAAAUGUAACAAAAUUAAAUCCAAAAAAUAUGCUGGGAAAAACUGUGAGGUAGCAAGAGCAUUAGUUACAAUGAACAGCAUCAGUCAGACUAUUGCUUUAUGUCAUUGAAGUGAGAAAUUUCAUUAAAGGAGAGGUUUUCAUCCCAUGUAAGCCAAGUUCUCAGCAAGAAUCAAGAGACAGUUGGGGAUCUGUGCACUGGCCUAAGCUGUGGACAUUGCUGAGCUGGACGAGCAGCUUUUGCCUUGCAUCUGGUUGCAUCUGUUCUACCUUAACAUUGCACAAGGUAGUGGGGGUUUUUUGCAUUUCUUUAGUUGUAAUGUGAGUUUGCUGGCUAAACACAUGUGGGAACAUCUGUAAGUAGUUAUACAUGUGAAUAAAAAUCCCUCAUGAUUUAACAAAGAGCCAUGUAUGGAUAAAUGAGAGAAGCAAAAGCCAAGAUCUUGCUGGGACUGAUCAUUAAUCUUCUUUAAUUAGUCCAUUUUUCCAUGGGCUUGCCAUGUAACCAGCACAGGCUCUCAACCGUGGUCAUGGCUGUUCAGAGAGAUUCUGUGGCCUUGCUUGCGUCAGCCUUUACCAUGUCGAGUUGGGUUCAGUUUGCUCCAGCUCUCAGCGUGUCGUAUUUCCUAUGACAAACUUACUGUUACGGUUGUAGCUACUUUAUAGUUGGAAAUACUCCUGUGGGGCCAUGCUUGACAAACUAGAUUUCAUCUGAGCAGGGAUGCUGUUUUACCAAAUUUUACCGCACGUCAUCACAGAUCGUACUGGGCUGUGGUCGCAAAAAAAGAUGGUCCAAGCUGGCUGCAGGAUGGCUUUGUCUUUAAGAAGGCAGCAGCAGCAGCAGCUGGGAAAGACCAGCGGAGAGACAAGAGCUCCUUGAUGGGGGAAGCUCUGCGGCACCCUCCUGGUCACCCUUGGCACCUUGGAAUGUGCUCCAAGAACAGCAUUUGGGAGCACAGGCACACACCUCCAUGGAGCUCCACCCGGAGGGAACUGCUUCAUUCUGCAGUGAUCCCAGCUACACAAUCUGUGUUUCACAGCUCUCUGGCUGUGCACAGCCUUUCAGCUGGCAGAAAAUAGGGCUGGGGGCUGGAAGGCAGGGCCAGAUUGGCUCCAAGCUGCCGAGCACAUGCACUCACACGUGCAAACACGCACCGUGUCACUGCUCCUGUUCAGCCUGAUCUUCACGCCCCAAAGCUGGUGAUCCCUGGCACCCCCAGCACUCUGCUCCAGUGCUUUGCUGGCCUCACUCUCCAUAAACUAAAUGCCCAUUUGCUGCACUUAAGGGCCACUUCUUGAGCUGGACACAGGACACUAAGUAACCUUUUCUGCAGCACCACAUGGACCUUGCAGAGCAGCCCCGGCACUCACUGAACCCACCCAGUGGCCAGGGGUGACACCGGUGGGGUGGCACUUGGGGCUGAGAUGAUGAGCCACCCUUGUGCUUCCUUCCCCUUAAGGGUGGGUUGUCACAAGUGGCACUCAGAGACCCCACAGGGCGCUCUGCAAAACCCACCCAAACACACCCCUGUGUUUGGGAGCAUCCCUGUGCUCUGCAAAACCCACCCAAAUGCAUCCCUGUGCUGCACAGGGGAAGCGUGGGCUGUCUGCUGCCUGAAAGGCACGAGCUAGCAAGUAAAUCCAAAUUCAUUGUUAAAUCUCUGUAUAUAAAAAUAAUCUGGCUUUUAGAAAGCAAUUUAUUUAUUCUUUCAGUACGUACUUAAAUAUUUAU